CAUCCCUCGACGGGGACACUUGACUUCGAGAUGAUGACAGGUGGAAACAAGCCUUAAGCAAAGCAGCUCGGUAAUAGCAAAUCCUGUACGAGAAGAGCCAGAGACGGAGAGAGAGAUGGGGACACGUAGAAGCAUGCAAUAUUGCUUUUGGCUGGUGCUAGUGUGUGCCUGGGUGUCUGUGGAUGCGGUGCCCAUUGCUGUGGACAAGAAUAAAGCUGAGCCACCAAAAGAGAAUCUGGACCCUCCAGAGAGCACAGACACUGGACUCCACUAUGACCGCUACUUGCGAGAGGUGAUUGAUUUCCUGGAGAAAGACCCACACUUUAGAGAGAAGCUCCACAACACCGACAUGGAAGCCAUCAAGCAAGGGAAGCUUGCAAAAGAGCUUGACUUUGUGGGCCACAGCGUUAGGACCAAACUGGACGAGCUGAAAAGACAGGAGGUGAACCGGCUCCGCACACUCAUCAAAGCCAAGCAGGACGUGGCAGGAGGGAAAGGUAUGACGGUGGACUAUGAAGCUCUCCUGAGGCAGUUUGAGCACCUGAACCAUAUGAACCCACACACGUUUGAGGUGGACGACCUGGACAAACUCAUUAAAUCAGCCACAAGCGAUCUGGAGAACUAUGACAAGGAGCGGCAUGAGGACUUCAAGCGCUAUGAGAUGAGAAAGGAGCACGAGAGGCGCGAGCACCUGAAACAGCUGGACGAGGAGGAGAGGAAGAAAGAGGAGGCGCACUACGAGGAGAUGAGGAAGAAGCAUGCAGACCAUCCCAAAGUGAACCACCCUGGAAGUAAGGACCAGCUGAAAGAAGUGUGGGAAGAAUCUGAUGGUUUGGAUCCUGAAGACUUUGACCCAAGGACAUUUUUCAGCUUGCAUGAUACCAAUGGAGAUGGCUACUUUGAUGAGCAGGAGCUUGAGGCGCUGUUCACUAAAGAGUUGGAGAAGAUCUAUGAUCCUAAACAAGAGGAGGAUGACAUGAUUGAGAUGGAAGAGGAGAGGCUGAGGAUGAGGGAACACGUCAUGAAUGAGGUGGACACCAAUAAGGACAGACUAGUGUCCCGGGAUGAGUUCAUGGCCGCCACUAAGAAGAAGGAGUUCCUGGACACAGACCCCUGGGAGACCCUGGAGCAGAAUCAGCUCUAUACAGAUGAGGAGAUGAGGGAGUUCGAGGAGCAUCUGGCUCGGGAGGAGAACACCCUCAACCAGAAGACUGUAGACCUGGAUAAACAGCGGGCAGAACUGGAGCGGCAACAAGAGGAACUCAACGCACAGAAGUUUGAGUUACAACAGGCGAUGGAACACAUGGAGAAGAUGAAACAGCUGAAGACAGAGUCCCCAGCAGAGGUCAAAGGUAGUGUAGUUCCAGUUUCUCCUGGCCAGGGAGCCAUGCCGGCUCUCCCAGCAGACAGCAAACCCAUCGCACCUGGGCACCAGCAAGACUUGCCAGUACACUCUUAGCAUACCCUGCUCUAUGUAUGUGUGUGUGUGUGCAUGUGUGCAUGUGUGUAUGUUUGUCUUUCUCUUUGUGGUUACUGUUAUUCUUUGUGCUUUGUUUGUGUCAGUGGAUCAGAAUAGGGCCCACAAUAGACUGAAAGACAAGCAUCUGGGUCCACGGUUCACAGUUCACAACUUUCCCAUGUCCAAGCCUUUCAAUGCCUUCAUAACAAUAUAUAGAUAAUUUAACAAUAUCUCAUAUGAUAACUCUUGUCAAAAGGGUAGUCAGUGGUUUCAGAGACUGUCAGGAAAGAUGUAGAUUUUAUAAGGCAAGAUAUGUUGUUAUGCACAGUACAUAAACAAGAUGUUUACAAUGUUUACAGCACAAAGUGAACGAAUGUCUUACUGAGUUUAGUCAAACUAGCCCAAGAGGCACUUGAGGUAUAUAGGAACACUGAGAGAAAUGAGAGAUUAUAUUUACUGUCCAUCCAACAAAAUCCUUUGUAUUUUUUACAAAGUUAUAAGAAUAUAUAUAGAAAACUUUGUGCAAAUGUAUACAGUCCAUGAAUGUAGAAAAUAAUGAAUCAGAACUAAUUUAAGUGCUAUCACUGAAUUGUGUGUGUGUGUGUGUGUGUGUGUGUGUGUGUGUGUGUGUUGUGAGAGAGAUGCACAGGUUUGUCUUUGAUGCCUCAGAUAAAGGUUACAGGUACUUAGAUACUGUUACGCUGUAGUUAUCUCUCAAGGCAAAGUAAAUGACAUCUGAAAGGGGCGUAGCCAAGGAUAGGUUGCAUGAGUUCCUAGACCAACCCCACCCCAUCUGAAGGUCCACAUUUCUGCCUCAACUCUUUUGAGAUAUGUCUACUUCUUUGUAUUUGUUAUAGGUCUUUGGGUAUAGAGUAGACUAUGUUUUUAAUUUAAAAUAAUAACAAUAAUAAUGUAAUUAGUCUAAUGCAUACUUUAUUUUGAAUGGGCUCAUUUUAUAUUAAUCACAUAAAAUCUAUCCUAGAAUGUAUCCUGAAAUCUGCAGUCCCAUGCUAGAUAGUCUUUGGUAUUAUACAAAAUACACAAAUCAACUCAUCAAUAAACAAAACCGUGCAUGAAUAUCUUGGCUGCUGUAAAAGGCCUAAUUAGGCUACUUAUGAAUCUGAAUUUGGAUAAGUUGAAUUAGACUUUCAAAAUGCAGGUAUGUCAGUAGGUGGCUUUAUAACUUAGCUUCAUUAACGUAUGAGGUUAUUUUUUCUUUCAUAUCUAGUGCUAUGAUUAUACAGUUCUUUGACAGUCCACCUCUGAAGUACAAGUUUUAGUAUGGUUCAAUAAGAUUGCCUGGUAGAGGUAUGCACAAACUAAAAAGGUCCACAAAUUGGAAAAAAAGACCCACCCUAUCCACCUAGCUGGCUACGCUCACCUGAUGAAUUGUGGGAAAAUGCAUAUUCCCCUGCACAUCUAUUCAAUGUUUGAGUUUUUUGUCCUUGCAAGUUCAGCCCUUUAUGUUCUUUUGAGUAAUUAAGUGUGUGUGGAUGUGAGCAUUAAAUGAUUGAAGCUUCA